CCCGGAUUGAGCCGCAGCAUCGACAGGGAGGCGCUCGAUGGACCGCUGUUUACUGCAGAUAGGAGAGUGGCCGCUCAAUCCGACGAUGGAUUCCAGGCGAGGGUUGUGAGGAAGAGAGAGAUGAUGCCAUCCCGUGAAUCGGAUCGAAAUGCGAUCCCCAUAGAAGUCGCCGCCGCCGCCGCCGCAACCGCAACCGCAACUGGCCAUUUUGUGCCCCCUUUACGAUAUCCUGCUCGUACCGUCGCCGCCGUCGCCGCCGCCGAAGGUCGCUGCUCCCCGAGGUGGCCGCACAUGGCCUCCUUAGGCCCCUUGGUCUCUCCUUUGGAAUUUGACCAAAUGGUUCAAGAUACUCCGCCUCCGCUGUCUCUUUCCGUGUUAUUGGAUGAUGAGUUCAGAGCGCCGACACCCGCCGUUGUGGUUCCCGACAGGGCGACGAUUGACAGGCGGAGGGCUCGUAUGCUGCGUCACAAGCAGAAGAUAGAACUUCAUGAAGCUGAAGGCGCAGUCGCAGCUGCCGUGGCCCCCAAUACCAUUGCAGAGGCAUCGAGGCCUGCCGCCCGUCUAUCCUUGCCCGGCUUCCGCAACGGCGGAGACCUCCCUCAUCUAGACCAUCAGAUGAUGUUGGAUUUGGAGGAACAUCAGUCUCUAGCCGUCCCGACUACACGCAGGAGUAAUAGUGAUUCUGAGGAGGAGGAUCUUCGUAAAUCCAUAGCUGACAUUUUUGCAGAGGAUAGAUCUAAGGAGCACAUCUCGUCAAGCAGUGACCGAGAUUAUGAACGGCGCCGCAAGUACCGCCAUUCUCGCCACUCUUCCCAUUCCAGCAGGAAUCGUGGGGAAGAAGAGGGCAGAGAGUACAGAGAGUACAAAGAGAACAGAGACAGCAAGCGCCGCUCACACGAAUCUCAGGGGUCAGCCUACCGCCGUUCUAUUCCUGACAGCGGUGGUUCUCGACCUGGAUCUGGGUCAUCCAAGCUUGAUACGCCACCUCGAACUCCUCGACGACGCCACAGCGGCGUGGUGGGCGAGAUUCCUGUCUCUUCCAGCCGGAGAUUCAGAACUCCGGAGGAGCAGGAAGCCCACGAGCAACGCAAAGCUCAACGCCGUGCUGCCCGGGAGGCUGAGCGGCUCGAAAAGCAAGAGGUGCAUGUCAACGAGAGCGGUUACGAGUGGUAUCAAAGUCACGAGCGGUACGGUCAACCUGAGCGUCACUAUGAGCGUCGCGAAAGACGUCAGCACUACGAUUUUCGAGACCAACAAGACUAUCGUGCUGUUGAUCGUUCCGACCGCCGUGACGCCCAAGAGCGUCCCGAAUACACCCAGCGUCCCGAGCCCUUUGAACGUCCCGAACCGGCUAACAACAGCCGUGAGGUGCCAGAGGAGGUGUAUGGUCGCGCUGAGAAGUAUGAGCGGCGUGAACGACAAGACCGUCGCGAGCGUCGCCGUGAGCGCCGUGAAGCCUACGGAAAGACUUUGGCACCUGAGCCGGAGCCGCAGAUCUUCCAGCAGCCAGCUGAGGAAAGCAUAGAACCACCGCCCGCGCCCGCGCCGGCGCUGGCCCCAGCCCUGGCCCCUGCUGUUGCCCCUGCCGCUCCAGAGCGCAAGGGCAAAGAGGUGGGCUUCGACUUGCCACCCGAGGAGAUCAAGCGCCAUCGCAGUCGCUCGUUCCGUCAACGUUCAAGCAAUACUGGUUACUCUCGAGAUGACUACCCACGGCAAUCUUCUCCGGAGAAGCGAUUCUUCGCGAUGAGCAAUGCCGAAGGCGUCGUUCGCAAGUCGUCUUCGCCGCCACCUCAAGACAGGUUCGCGUACCCGCCAACACGCGAUGCUUCUCUUCCCGAGGAGAUGAGACCCAGAACGCGGGACCGGGACAUUCCCCGGACCCGUGAUCGUCGCAUGUCUGAGGCUACCUACGACAGGCCUCGCAGGAGCCGCAUCGAAGACCCUGCUAGGCAGUCAGGCCCACUGGAAGAGGGCGACGACGCUGCUCGGCGAGCCCGUCAUGAACGCAGGCGGAUGAAGGAGGCGAAGGAGCAGGAGAAGAAGUCUGGGGGGCUCAGGGGAGUUUUCAAGAGACUGUUCAACUGACUUGAGAAGGAAUGGUAUAUGUGGCAGAAGCGGCGGCGAUGGAUUAUGGGAUCACGUUUAUGCAAACGACUUAAUGAAUCACGCGUGUAUGGAUCAUCUAUUCUUCUUCAUAGUAACGUCCUGGCCAUUAGGCUGGUUUAUGAUAGUUUAGUUCGGUUAAAGUUAAAAGAAGG